GUUUUAACUGUGUGUUUUUUUACGCCAUUUGUUAAUUUGUUAAAAUGUUCAUAUUAUAGUCUAUUUUUAAUUGUUUAUAAAAAGUCAUUGAUGUUUUUAAGUGGUUGAAUUUAUUUGUGUGCGUGUGUUGGUAGCUGUGUAUGAGAAUUUUUUUGUCUUUAAAUAUACUGUAAAUAUACUUACUUGUUAUUUUGUUGUUUUUAAAAGUGUGUUAUUAAUAAAUGUUCAUAUUGUAGUGUAUUUGUUAAUGUUUAAUAAAAGCCCUUAAUCUUAUUAAAUGUUUGAAUUUGUGUUUCUCUGCUAAAAUGAAGUACGUUUAGCAGUUUCUGGGCCACAUCUGGAGCGGGGACCAAGCCGACUCUCAGCCAGAUCUGUCUUACAGUGUCUGGGCCAGACCCGGGCCACAUAAAACAAUAUAAGUCACUUUACAGUGCCUGAUUCGGGGGAAAUUGUAUGUGUUGGUUUUCAGUGUGUGGGCCGGAUCUGGGCCAGAAGAAAUUGUAUAUGUCGGUUUUCAGUGUGUGGGCCGGAUCUGGGCCAGAAGAAAUUGUAUAUGUCGGUUUUCAGUGUGUGGGCCAGUUUUGGAACGGGGACCCAGGCGUAUACUGGGCCAGAACUAAAGCAAGUAUGUGGCCCACAAGUGGGCCAGACUAAUUUUGCUAUCUGAGAUACAGAAGCAGCCAUGGAAGCCCAAACCAUGACACCAUCACCAUGCUUGACUGAUGAGCUGGUAUGUUUUUGAUUACACACUUUGGCCUUUCCAUCAUUUGGUAAGGGUUUAUCUUGGUUCCAGAAGUUUUAUGGUUUAUCUCUGUAUUUUUUUCCUAAUCUGGCCUUCUGAUUCUUACUGCUGAGUGGUUUACAACUUGUGGUAUGGCCUCUAUAUUUCUGCUCUCAGAGACUUCUUUGAAUGGUGGAGACCUUCACACGCCCUGUGAAGGUUGCUGGUGAUGUCACCGACUGUAGUUUUGGGGGUUUUCUUCACAGAGCUCACAAUGUUUCUGUCAUCAACUGUUGUCGUUUUCUCUGACCGACCUGUUUGAAAUUCUCUCUCUCCCUCUCUACCUAUCUAUCUAAUAUAUAUAUAUAUAUCAUAUAAAAUAUAUUUGUGUGUUAGUUAAAAAAAGAAGUUGUUUCAGUCUCUUCAUAUGCAGUAUAGAGGUAAUUGUAUUGUCUUCCCAAAAUGGCGGACGCUAAUAUGGCUAUUACGGUAUCUACCGUUUUCGAUAUUAAAUACCUAAAGACAACGAACUAGCUUACUGACGCGCAGGGUUUUUUUGUUUUGUUUUGUUUUGCCGAAUUUUUGUGUGGUUUUUUUUUGUUUGUUUGUUUUGUUUUGUUUCGAUGUCUUUUUUCACUGAUCCUCCUGUUCUGUCGAAGACUAAACCGCUGCACAUUUUGAACAGUCAUUACGGUAGAAUUGAUUCCUCAUAUAACCAGGAAGUUGUCCGUGACCGGCCAGACCAAUCGCGUAGCUCUUAGGAUGAAUCCCAAUUGCCUGCGUACUCACUAUCAAAGUGCACUACAUAGGGUAUGAAGUAAAGGAACUAUGUCAUACUGUACGUAGUGUCCUACAGGUCUAAUAGAGAACCGUUGUUUGAGAACCUAGCCUUACUUACACCUUGAGUUGGAUUAGAACUGUCAGGUUUUAGGGCUAAAAACAAAAAAACAAAAAAAAGAGAGAGAGAGAACAAAACAGAAUAAAAUGUUUUCACCUAGGGUUAUAAAGUCAGUAGCAUCCCUGACAUGCAGGGCGUUUUCCCAGCAGGGCAAAGCUCCUGAUAUGGCUGAGGGAAACGCACACUUGCUUGUGACCAAUGUCCGCAAUCGGCUGAGGCAGAUCGUAGGAGCAUCGACCAACUGGAAGGAUCAUCAGCAGGCCCUGGCUGAGAGAACCUACCUGAGUAAACACCUGGCUAACAGUCAGGAGGAACUUCCUGCAAAGACGAUGAAGGAGAGCGAGAUCGAGGUGCAUCUUCCUUUAGGGACGCAGCCGUCGCUCCGGGAGAAAUACCUCAAUUUCCACAACAGCGUCAGGUUCGGUCGGAUUUUGGAGGAUCUCGACAGUUUAGCAGUGUUAAUCUGUUACUCUCACACGUGGAAUAAGGAGCUGGAGAAAUCGCCUCUGUCUAUCGUCACAGCUCUGGUGGACAAAAUUGACAUGCGAAGGAACAUAAUCCUUCCAGACUGCGAUAUCAAGUUCACAGGUCAUGUGACGUGGGUGGGAAAGACGUCAAUUGAAGCCAAGAUGCACAUGAUGCAGUUCCACGAUGGGGCUUACACUCCAGUGUUAGAUGCUACGUUUGUGAUGGUCGCUCGAGAUCCAGAAAAUAAAAGGGCAGCGUUUGUGAACCCACUGAAACUGGAGACACCUGAGGAGGAGAAGAUUUUCCAACAAGGAGAGAUUAACAAGACGAGGCGUGUGGAGUUGAGCACAGCCUCUUUACUCAGGGUGGCUCCUACUGCCGAAGAGCGGACGCUCGUGCACAGCCUGUUCCUCAAUACACUUGACGUGAAAACUGUUAGCUUCCGGGGUCGAAUCCUUCCCCCCAACUCUGUAUGGAUGGAGGACGCUAAGCUAAAAGGCUUGGAGAUCUGCCAUCCACAGGAGAGGAACAUCUUCAAUCGGAUAUUCGGUGGUUUCCUGAUGAGGAAGGCGUAUGAGCUGGGCUGGGCCAAUGCCUGUGUAUUUGCUGGUUGUCGGCCAGUUCUGGUAGCGGUGGACGACAUCAUGUUCCGCAAGCCGGUGGAGAUCGGCUCCCUGCUGCUGCUGUCCUCGCAGGUGUGUUACACUGAAGAACACCACGUUCAGGUCAGAGUUCACACCGAGGUGCUCGACCCUUUGACCCGGCAGCACAACACCACCAACGUCUUUCACUUCACCUUCCAAGUCGACAAGCCCGUUCCAGCUGUGGUACCGCAGAGUUAUGGAGAGUCCAUGCUCUACCUGGAUGGGAAAAGACACUUUGAUGAGACGAUGAAGAGCCAGUGAAGAACGUCCUGCAGCAGCGUAACGCAAUGCAGGCAAAAAUAAAUAAAUACAUUUAAAAAAAAGGAACGUAACUGCACUUUUUCUGAGGAGAUUUUGUGUUGGACAAGUUCUGUUAUUCAUGGUGUGUUCAUUUAUAAAUAUAGAUUCAAAAUAUUCAAAUGAAAAUAUUUAUACUCAUAGUAACAUUGAACAUACUCUACUUUUCUCUUUUACACAUGCACAUUUACACACAGGCUCUCACUACAAAACUAUUGACUGUGUCUAUAGUGUCUAUUUAUUAAGACAUUAGGAGACAUUUUGUAUUUUCUAUACCGGUAUGGAAAUGCUGCUGAGAGUUUUCAGUAACCAAAGUAUCUAGCAGUCUUUCAACGACUAGAUUGGCUGCAAGAUUUAGCAGAAAUGUUUUGCUGGAGUCCUUUUUACUGUUUAAACUCUAAAGGUGUGAUGUGUACCUUUCAGCUCCAUGAUAUUUUUCUUCAGAUUUCUAAUCUCACCCCUUUUCCAAUGACUGACAGCUGUUUUAUGUGGUUGUUGCCAUUUCUGUACAUUACAAUACAAAUGGGUAGCAACCAGGAAUCAGUGCAUGGGCUAUGAUAGCUAGGAGUUAACAGAAGGGACAACGCAAGAAAGCAAUAUGGAUUUUGUGUUAUGAGGAUCUUGAUCGAUGAUACCAGUAAAGGAAAACCGAAAGUGCACUUAUUCAGCAUUCUGAGAAUAAUGUUAUUUUGGACUGGAAUGGUGUAAAGACAAUAAACUGAAAGUUUCACGUUCUUAGCGUGUGCACUACACAUACACAUACACAUCACAGCGCUAUUCGAUCAAACAAACAUGAAUGCAUAUCUUUUUUUUUGCUAUUACACAAACAUUUGUUUUGUUUUUCUCAAAAGUUCAUGUUUUUUAUGUUAAACACCUUUUUAAUAAAGUUUCAUCAAA